AAGUUCCUCGCGAAGGGAGAUUUGGCAAAUGUCUCCUCACCGUCACCACCAUACACUUUGGGACACCGACGACGAUCUCCACCAAAACUUCUAGUGCCCUCCGGUAUCCGACGACCUUAUCUCCCAAUCCACCACCCUUAAUAUCGACGAAGACGACGUCGUCUCUGACUUAGAUUUAUUGGGCCGUGAGAAUCAGGUUUCGUUUCUAAUGGAUCUCUUCCACCAGCGCGUAGAGCAGUCUCAGGUCAUGGGUUAUCCUGAUUUUCAUCACGAUUCUUUUACAGAUUCUGAUUUCGGCGUUGUUGGAGGGAACUGUGAGGUUGUUAUUGAUAAUUUGGUGCUCGAUUUCGGGUUAGGGUUAGGAAUCGAUCUGGAGAUUCACGAUGAUUGUGUGGGUUUUGAAGAUAUCAUCGGGUAUGAUCAAUAUGAGCCUGAGAGUAAUACACUUGAUGAUGGUUACUUUGGGGAUAGGGGAAUCUCUGAGUUGGAAUUCGGUGAUGCUGUGUCGACUGUGAGCGUGGAAAUUGAAAACUUUGGGGGUGAUAACGUUGGAGUCGCCAGGUUCUUUUCAGAUUCAGACUCAGACCUUAACGAUUUAGCACUUGGUAUCGAUCUGCAUUCGGUCGAAGCGGACGACUACGGUUUUGAUCACGAUGAUGAUAUUGCAAGCGUUCCUCUCUGUUUGGGACCUCUCAUGCUGGAUGAUCGCGGAGAGCCUGAAGAGGAGGUUGAUUUUGGUUGGGAGGAAGUUGAUGGCGGUGUCGAUGAGAGGGAGUUUCUGGGCAUGGUGUUAGACCCGGCUGACGAUGAGGAUGAUGUAUCCGUCUCGAUUUCAGACCCAGAACAGCCCGAGGAUUUGGUGAGCGUGGAGAGGACAGGAGUCGUGGGUAAUCUGGAAUGGCAGGUCUUAUUGAACGCCCAUAAUUUCGAGGUAAAUCCUGAAGAACAUAUGCAUAACGUUGAGCCUUUUUUUGGCGAUACUGUUGAGUAUGACAUGCUGUUUGGGCAAUUUGCGGAGAAUGAGAGUGCCCCAUUGGGUCGGCCCCCUGCUUCAAAAUAUGUUGUGGAGAAUCUGCCUGAAGUUGUCGUAAAUGCAGAGGAUGUGGAGAACAACAAUGCACUUUGUGCUGUUUGCAAAGACGAAAUUAAUGUUGGUAAGAAAGCCAAGCAGCUUCCAUGUGAGCACAAGUACCAUGGGGACUGCAUUCUGCCAUGGCUGGGGAUUAGGAAUACUUGUCCUGUGUGUCGGCAUGAAUUGCCCACAGAUGAUGUAGAAUACGAAAGAAGGAAGGCACAGAGUGCUGGCCAUGGUCUAUGAAGUUCAUGGUAAUAUAUUGUUCAUGGAUUAUUUUGGAGUUUUGUUUGUUUGAACCUCAGGUUAUUAACAAUGUAGACAUUUAAUUUUUCCUGUUCUUGUGAGAAUAACGAGAUCCUUUGUUGGUUAUCAUGCUUUAUGUGAAGAAUGUGAGUAUUGGAACUUCUCUGUAUUGAGCUUUUUGCUAUAGUAUUUUCCAUGAGUUUUGCAUUGGUGAUUU